UGCACCGUGACCUUGAGAGAGUUUUAAGGAUUUCCUCUCUUAUGAAAUUGUGUGCUGUAACGUUGGUAACAAUUUUUCCCACAAUAAUGUUUGACUGGUAGGAAGUCCUCAUGAACUGUUCUUUACCAGCUAGCUGAACCUUAUCAAAUCUUUUAUCCGAACCACUCCAUUAAUAUGUCCAGUUUCUUGCAUAAAGUUUUUAGCAAUUAUAGCUGUUCUGAUGGAUUUUACGUGGACAGAGAAGGCUGUAAAACGUUAUUUAUCGAACUUUAUGGAAGGAAGCCGAAUAAGGAAGAGAUGAAAUGUAUUUUAUCAUUUUUUGAAUCAAAUCCCGAUGGUGAGCCAAUUGGUCUAACAUUUUCCGGUUUUCUUUCUUCUAUCCAAAUGCUUCAGAAACAUUUUCAGAAUAACCUUCCACAUAUUGACAAACACAAUAGAUUAUCAUUUGAUUGUUUAGAUCUAGAUUCAAAGGACUUUGUUAUGAUAAAUGAUUUACACAAAAUAUGGAGUAGAUACUUACCAUCUUUACCAUCUGGUCUACUGCGUACUAUUUUCAGAGAGUUUGACCAAGAUUGUGACGGUCGAGUUUCAUAUGAAGAUUAUCUACAUACUACAAAGUCUACUAAUAUUAUAACGUCUUCACGAAUCAUCUAUUAAACACUAUACCUUCUUUCUAUCGAUUCCAUGUUUAGCAUUAUUUUGUUUGAAGAGAAAUAAGUUUGUAAUUGUACACUUCUUCUUUCAGUUGUAGUAAUAUGUAAUCAGUCUACGAAAAGUGACUGACAUGGAAUAUUUCAAUGACUUCAAAGAACUUAUCAUACAAUUGAUUCUGAUUGUAUUUCCUGCCUAUUCUGUAUAAAUAAAUGUGUGUUUACAUUUUUUUCAAAUGCUUGCUUAUUUUCAUAAUUAUUUAGAUAAAACUAAUGAUAAAAGUAACGUUUGUUGUUCUUUUCUUGUAAUAUACGUUUCGCAAGUAGUUUUAGAAUAAAACAGAUAGUUCACUUUGUA